CAGUAGCUGCUCUGUGUGUACCGCUCAGAUAGUGCCUGUGUUCGCCGGGCUGCUGCAGCAUGUAGGGGAGAGGAAGGUGCCCCCCGUAUGAGCGCCGCACGUCCUAUGGGAGGGUGACCCCACGGGUUGGGCAGGCUCAUGAAGCCGACAAGGGCGAGGAUUGUGGUUAAAGCCCGAGCUGGAUGGAUGGGUAUGGGGAGAGGGGCAGGACCCAAAGCCCUGGGACUCUUCAAAAUCCUCACCGUCUUCUUGUGUACAUUGCACACAGCUGUGAGCUCCUCGUGUAGAAUUCUGAAGUGUAACUCCGAGUUCUGGUCAACGACAUCAAACUCCCAUCACCACAUAGGCGCAGAGGACCCUGUGGAGUUUUGCACAGCGAUAAGGUCGUACGCACAUUGCACACGGCGCACUGCCCGAUUUUGUAGAGGAGACUUGGCUUACCAUUCAGCUGUCCAUGGCAUUGAUGACCUCAUGAUCCAACACAACUGUUCAAAAGAUGGCCCCACCUCUCAGCCUCGUGUACGCACUCCUCCUCCAUGGGACAGCCAGGAAAGGUCUGACAGCCCUGAGGUCUGUAAUUAUGAAAAGAAUUUUCACCGGCAUGCUUCCUCCCCAAAUUACACCCACUGCGGACUCUUUGGGGAUCCCCAUCUUAGGACGUUUUCGGACACUUUCCAGACCUGCAAAAUACAGGGGGCAUGGCCUCUUAUAGACAAUAACUACUUGAAUGUGCAAGUCACCAACACUCCUGUACAUUCAGGGUCCACUGCAACUGCUACAAGCAAGAUCACAAUAAUCUUCAAGAACUUCCAAGAGUGUGUGGACCAGAAGGUCUACCAAGCUGAAAUGGAUGAGCUUCCUGCAGCUUUUAUAGAUGGUUCAAAGAAUGGUGGAGAUAAAAGUGGAGCUAACAGCUUGAAAAUUAUUGAGAAGGUUGCUGGGCAGCACAUAGAGAUUCAAGCCAAAUACAUUGGUACUACCAUAGUGGUUCGACAAGUUGGUCGCUAUUUAACCUUUGCAGUGCGCAUGCCUGAGGAGGUUGUGAAUGCAGUUGAGGACAAAGAAAAUCAGGGCCUUUACCUGUGUCUACAGGGCUGCCCUCAGAACCAGCAAAUUGACUUCCGAACCUUUCACUCGCAAACCCCAGAGACUGGCUUGAAGAGGCAAGGACCAUCAUUUACCCCUCAGAUGGCAGGAGCCAAGUGUAAGGAGAAGCUUCCAGUGGAGGACCUCUACUUUCAGUCCUGUGUGUUUGACCUUCUUACUACGGGAGAUGUGAAUUUCACUCUGGCUGCUUAUUAUGCCUUUGAGGAUGUAAAGUUAUUACACUCCAAUAAGGACAAAAUUCAUCUGUAUGAAAGGACCACAGACUUGGGGCUGGGCAAUUCUGCUCCUCAGAUAGGCCUAGGUAUGGCCAAGCUUCUUGUGGCAUUAGUGUGUUUUGUUUCAGUGUUGCUGUAAAGUCAUGUUUACCGUCUAAGUCUUUUCACAUUUGUGGGAUGAUUGCAGAGGUGCAAGCCUAGUUACUCAAGGUGUAUUUGUCUCUGUGAAAGCACAAGUUCUAACACCUGUACGAAUAAUUUAUUAAAAGUGUUCAACAACUUGCUAAAGGUACACCUAAAUACUUUUAACACCAAGGAGAUAACAAAACUUGCUUCAGAAGAUCUACCGCUUCUGAGUUUGCUCUAAUGAGAGACAUCUGCCACUGAUCCAAAGUGUAAACACCAUUUGAUGACUCUCAUAGAGUAGUUGUCUUUAAACAUGUUUCUUCUUAAUUCUUUAGGCUAUGGACUCUAGGAGAGAUAUACUGAGAGCCUUUAACCUUGCUUAUGCAUCUCUGAUACAAAGUAAUCAUAGAUAAUGCACAGAUCUCACUUAUCUGUCAAAUCUGCCUGGUGGAGCAUUCAUGCACCAUACCUCAUGUGUUCAAUCAACAUUUUGAUGUCAUGGAGGGAAAAAGUAUAUUCCCCUCUGGUUUACUUGUGGUACUGCAAGUAUCAUGGUGGCUGUGAAAAAUAGCGUUUUGUGAAUGUGGCUUUUGUGAUCCAUAAUAAGCUGUAAAUGCAUGAACAAUUUAGGGGUGCUCAGUCAGUAUCGGAUGACAUAAUAACAGUAGCACAUAUGGAAACGUGCUUCUCAUGUCUAUUGUACAAGUAGCCAUAUUUAGCAUUGAUCAAAACACUUAGCCCUGCAGAAGAAUAGGUAAAGACCAAGAGAGAUUUUGCAGCACUGACAUGUUAACCCUAUUUUAACAUAAU